AUGGCAUCGUAUUCCAACGAGAGCAAAGACAUAAAAAUCAGUGACAGCGGACCGUCCAGCGAGGACAUCGGAGUCGCCCAUGCCCACGAGCUGAAAGCCGGCGAUGAUCGCUACGAGGUCUUCAAGAAAGGCGAUGGCCAGGUUGAUUUCCGCACCGUGAGCUGGAUUCGGGCGUCAGCCAUCUUCCUCAAGAUGCUGUUUGCCACCGGCAUCCUCUCCAUCCCCUCCGUCAUGUACGACCUGGGCGCCUUCCCAGGCGCCGUGAACCUUGUCGGCUGGAGCGUCAUCAACGCCUAUGGCGCCCUCAUCCUGGGAGAUUUCCGCAACCGCCACCCGCAAUGCCACUCGGUCGCAGACAUGGCGCAGGUCGUCGGCGGCCCCGUCUUCAAGGAGAUUGUCGGGUUCAUGUUCAUUGUGACGUACGUGAUCACCGCGGCGUCCGGCGUCAUUGGCGUGUCUGCCGCGUUCAACGCCCUAUCCCUGCACGCCAUGUGCACCGUCUACUGGUCGAUCGUUUCAACCGCCAUCAUCGCCGUGUUCGCCAGCGUGCGCAAAUUCUCCCACAUCGGCUGGCUGACGUGGGUGGGAUUUGUUAGCGUUUUUGGCGCCGUCUUCAUCAUAGUUAUUGGCGUCACAGUCCGGGACCGCCCUGCCGCCGCCCCCCAAACCGGCCCCUUCGACCUCGGGUACCGCGUAAUCGGCAAACCGACCUUUGCCGCCGGCAUCACCGCCGCGGCGACCAUCUUCGUCUCCAGCUCCGCGACGUCGGCCUUCCUGCCCGUGAUCUCGGAGAUGCGCCGCCCGAGGGACUACCCGAAGGCCGUGUACACGAGCAUGGGCUUCGUGGCGGCGUCGUACCUGGCCUUCAGCCUGGUGAUCUACCGGUGGUGCGGGAAGUGGAUUGCGUCGCCGGCGCUGGGUAGCGCGGGAGAGACGGUCAAGCGGGUGUCGUACGGGGUCGCGCUGCCGGGGCUGGUUAUCAGCGGUUCGCUGUAUGUGCAUGUCGCGGCGAAGUAUCUGUUUGUGCGGAUUCUGCGCGAGUCGAAGCACCUGCAGGCGAACACGGUCGUGCAUUGGGGGACGUGGUUGGCGUGUACGGUAGGAUUGGCGGCUGUUUCGUUUGUGCUAGCGUCUGCUAUCCCGAUCUUUACGUAUGUGCUGGCGCUGGUGGGGAGUUUGUGCUUUGCGCCGCUGGCGAUUAGUUUUCCGGGGUUGUUGUGGGUGUAUAGUCAUGGGGAGUAUAGGAGAGGAGGGAUAUAUCGUGGCGUUGUUUAUGGGCUGCAUGUUUUGCAGAUUCUGCUGGGGUUCUUCAUGAUGGUUGGGGGUACGUAUGGUGUGAUUGUGCAGAUCUUGAAUGCGUAUAAGAGUGGGAAGAUCGAUAAGGUGUUUUCCUGUGUGGAUAAUAGCGGUUCUGUUUGA